UAGCAAAAGCUGCGCCGCACAUCUGGGGAAUGGAAUAAGUGUGACACGAAGGCUAGAUGUGAAAAGAAGGUUCUUUGACCACGGUGUGACAGGGGAAACCAUGAUGGCCACCCACCGUGUUCCACUAUAUUUGUUAUCCUGUGGCUCUUUUAAUCCAAUCACCAACCAACACAUGAGGUUGUUUGAGCUGGCCAGAGACCACAUGCACAGCACAGGCCAGUACCAGGUGGUGGGUGGCAUCGUGUCUCCAGUGAGUGACGGCUAUGGAAAACAAGGCCUGGUGCUGGCUAAGCAUCGCAUUGCUAUGGCAAAACUGGCACUUAAGAGCUCCAACUGGGUCACAGUUGAUGAAUGGGAGAGCCAGCAGCCAGACUGGACGGAGACAGUGGUUGCUAUGAGGUAUCAUUAUGGGUGCAUUCUGAAACAAUUUAAGCAGAACAUGGGGACACACAGUGACUCCAGUGGAAACACCAUUCCCCUCUCAAGUCCGUCCCCCCAGCUGAAGCUUCUGUGUGGAGCUGAUUUUCUGGACACCUUUAAGAUCCCUGGCUUGUGGCUGGACGAUCACGUGGAAGAGUUGGUUGGACAUUUUGGGCUCGUCUGCGUCAGUCGAGGGAGACUGCAGCCCGAGUGGGCCGUGCACGAGUCAGACACGCUGUCCCGUCACAAGCAAAACAUUUUCCUAGUGAGGGAAUGGGUGAGGAAUGAGACGAGUGCUACAGAGGUCCGGCGUGCACUGAGACGGAGUCAGAGUGUGAAAUACCUGAUCCCAGACUCCGUGAUUGAAUAUAUUCAUCAGCAUAACCUCUACACAGAGGACAGCGAGAGGACAAAUGAGGGCACGAAGCUGAGACCGCUCAUCAAGCAAGCACAGCAGCUUGUACAGAGUCUGGACAACUGCAGCCAUCCACAACAGACCCCCUCGUUCACUGGAAGUAAGGAAAGCAACAGAGAAACAGCCAACAUGCCAGUUAAUCUGACGGGAUACUGGAAAAUGAUUUCCAACGAUAAUUUCGAGGAGUACCUGAAGGCGCUCGAUGUAAAUAUUGCUAUCAGGAAAAUUGCCACCUUACUGAAACCAGACAAGGACAUUGUUCACGAUGGGGACCACAUAAUCAUCAAGACCCUCAGUACCUUCAAAAACUACAAUAUGGAUUUCUAUGCGGGCAAAGAGUUUGAGGAGGAUCUGAGUGGAGUGGAUGACAGGAAAUGCAUGACCACCAUCACCUGGGAGGGAGACAAGCUGGUGUGUGUUCAGAAGGGAGAAAUUGAGGGAAGAGGUUGGACCCACUGGGUGGAGGGAGAUGAGCUUCAUCUGCUACACUACCUUGUCACCAUGCCUGCAGACUUCAGUGGGAAAUGGAUUCUGGAAACCAAUGACAAAUUUGAGGAUUACAUGAAAGCGUUAAAUGUUGACUUUGCAACAAGAAAAAUUGCCAUCUCCUUGUCUCAGACAAAAGUGGUCAUGCAAGAUGGCGACAAGUUUGACUUCAAAACACUCAGCACCUUCAGGAACUAUGAGCUCGCCUUCACCGUAGGGGUGGAAUUUGAUGAGUACACUAAGGGACUAGACAACAGAAAUGUCAAGAGCCUUGUAAAGUGGGAGGGGGACAAGCUGGUGUGCAUUCAGAAAGGCGAGAAGUCAAACCGCGGCUGGACACACUGGAUUGAGGAGGGAAAACUCUACCUGGAGCUGACAUGUGAAGAUGUAGUUUGCCUUCAGGUAUUCAGAAGAAAAGACUAAUGCCCGUUUUUAAUUUAUAUACCCAGCGUACAAGGUCAAGAUUUAAGUCUAAAUAAACUUCUUAUUUUUCCCCUCAAAGAGUGAAUCCCUUAAGGUGUCUUCAGAAUAAGCUAUUUUGUAUUUGAGUUGUGUGUGUUUGUAUUCCAAGCAUGUGUUGUUAUAGCUAUCAUAAACAAUGAAAUGAUAGAAAUUAUUUUUCCAUACUGACACCAUUGUAAUAAGCAUAACUUAGCAAAAGUGGAAUUAAUGUUUAGAAUCAUUUUAUGAGCUUUUGAUGUUAAAGUAGACGUAUCUAAACCAAAUCUUGAAUUGCCAUCUGCUGGAAACAUGUGGUAAUUUCAUGUUUCCUUAUAACAAUAAUAUUUCAUUAUUUAACACUGCCACAUUUAGGCAACCCUAUAAAUGCUAGUAUAGCUAACACAUUAAGAUUACAUUAUAUAUGACAGUAUAUAAUAAGUCAAACUAUUACUUAUCCUAAGAUUCCACUGAGGUAAAAGAUUUGAACCAGGAUAUUUAAUUAAGGAAACCCAAACUUUGCUAAACUAUUCCUUUUAAAAUCUAUGUAAUUCCAUACAGCAAACUUUCAGUAAAUGUUGCAUAAUGAUUGGUUCAUUAUAAAACACAUUAUUUGAAUUACUUGCUCUCCUCCUCACUCUGUUUCCCUCAAGUAGGCUAAAUAAUCUCAUCAUUUAAAUAAUAUUUUUCUUUUCUUUUCUUUAACUAACUGACUUAUCCAGAAGAAUAAGAGUAAUAAAUGUGAA